CCGCGCCUACCGGAGCACCUCAUCACCCGGCGCCCCGCCGCGCACAGGCGGCAGAGGAGGCACCAUGAGCCGGUAGCGCAGCUCCAUGUCCGGCCGGGUUUUUGUGUAAACAUUUUUUUGGGUAUAAAAAGCCUCUUGACGUUCACGCUCUCUCGCGGAGACCAUGGCAGUGCCCCGGACCGAGAGCUUCAUCUCCCGGCUUCUCCUCUUCAGCCAAAUCGUCGUGGCAGCGGAGCCGCUGGUCCGAGGCCUGAGGAAACUCCCUGAAGACAUCGACUGGUCGUACUCAGGCGCCCUGAACCAGCACAGCUGGGGGAGGAAGUACCCGUCCUGUAACAGCGCCAGGCAGUCCCCCGUGGACAUCGACGAGACCUUCACCCAGGUCAGGCUGCAGUACCAGGAUCUGCAGCUAGAGGGCUGGGACAAGCUGACGGCAGAGUCCAGCACCGUCCACAACAACGGCAAGACCGUGGCCCUCCGCGUGGAAGGAGACUUCUUCGUGAGCGGAGGAGGGCUGAGCUCCAGGUUCCGCGUCGGUACCAUCACCUUCCACUGGGGGCACUGCAACGCGACGUCCGAUGGGUCUGAGCACAGCCUGAACGGGAUGAAAUACCCUCUGGAGAUGCAGGUCUUCUGUUACGAUCCAGACGACUCCCGAAGUCUGGAUGCCGCCGUCAGGGAAGGAGGGAGGAUCGCCGCCCUGGCCGUGCUCUUUGAGGUCAGCUAUGAGGACAACGAGAGCUUCGGACCCGUCAUAGACGCCGUCAACACCGUCAGCAGGUUUGAUAAGAGGGGGUCGAUGGAAGCCUUCACCCUGCGGUCCCUGCUGCCUAAUAACACCGAUAAAUACUACAUCUACAACGGGUCCCUGACCACACCGCCCUGCUCGGAGACGGUGGAGUGGAUCGUCUUCAAACACACUGUGGCCAUAUCAGAAAAACAGUUGGAGGUGUUCUGCGAGGUGAUGACCUUGGAGCAGGCCGGCUACGCCAUCCUGACGGAUUACCUGCAGAGUAACUUCCGGGAGCAGCAGCAGCAGUUCACGGGUCAGGUGUUCGCCUCGUACACCGGCGUGGAGGACGUGCUCACGCCCACCUGCAGCUCGGAGCCGGAGAACGUUCAGGCCGACGCCCAGAACGACACGACCGUGGUGGUGACGUGGGAGCGGCCCCGCGCCGUCUACGACACGACCAUCGACUGGUACACCGUCACGUACCAGAGGCUGCAGGGCCGAGAGCAGCAGGAGUACCGGACCGACGGGGACCAGGACGUGGGCGCCAUCAUCCCCGGCCUGCUGGCCAACGGCAGCUACGUGGUGCAGGUCAUCGCCGUCUGCACCAACGGACUGAAAGGACGACGCAGCGACCAGAUCGUAGUGGACAUGCCGCUAGAAGAGCCUGAAGGUGAUCCGGGUCCUGACAUCGCCACUAAAGAGCUACACGGCGGCCUGGAGCUCUCAGCCAAAGUCAAGUCGGAGAACCAGAACCCGUUGGGUCCGUCUCUGGAGGACCACAGCCCCGUGGAGCAGAUCCCCGUGGAGCAGACCAGAGUUUACCAGAACCAGCGGUCGCACCACCAGAACCUCCCGCCCGAGGUCGCCCCGGAGACUCCGCCUCCCGAGUCCGUUGUGAGAACCCGACCCGAGAACCACGGCGGGGAGAAGAGGGCGGGCCGGAGCGGCGCCGAACCCGACGCCGAGGACCAGAACUGGAUUUACGAGGACGGCGUUCCGACGCGCGUCCCGCCGUUCGCCAGAGAGGGAUUCGACGGCAACGGCGCCAUAUGGGUCGGCGAGGUCACCGAGCAGCCGGGCUUCCUGUUUCCUGUUGCCCGGACGACGACGCUGCCGACGACUCGCCGACGAAUCGUAGAAGGGGCGUCGCCACGUCAGUCUGCGGAUCAGGGUCAACCAAACCAAGACCAGGACCAGGACCAGGACCAGGACCAGGGCAUCGGCCCCCCGUCCCCUGAGUCAGCUCUCUACCCCCCUCUAGUGGAGGACGUCUUCUAUGAAGACGCAGCCAGCAGCUCUCCACUAGAACCCGCCGCCUCUGCAGAAACAGGCUCUGCUGCUGCUGCUGUGUUGCCAGGGGCUCGAGUGGACAGAGUGUCCCCGCCGUCCACCGAGGGCGGCGACGUCUCCGCGAACCGACCGGACACCAUCGGCUCGGUGGCCUCCACCCCCUCGCCCCCGACCCACUCACCCCCCACCCCCUCGCCCACCACCCCCAACACCCUCGCCCAGUCGGUCUACAAAUCAUCCACCACCUCCUCGCUGCUCCGGGUGCUGAUGCAUACAACCCAGCCCAUGUUUAACGAGGGCAGCAACAGCAGCCACGAGUCUCGGGUGGGGCUGGUCGGAGGCGUGGACCGGGAGAAGCGGACGGUCGUCCCUCUGGCUGUUGUCUCCACCCUCACCAUCCUCUGCCUGCUGGUGCUGGUUGGCAUACUGGUCUAUUGGAGAAACUGUGUCCAGGCGGCUCACUUCUAUCCAGACGAGAGCACGUCACCGAAAGUCAUAUCAGCUCCAUCCACACCCCUGCUGCUGGCCACUGACGGCCACGAGCCGCUGACCGUGAAGCAGUUUGUGAAGCACGUGAUGGAGCUGCACGCCGCCAACAGCUUCUGCCAGGAGUUCGAGAUUGUCAAAGAUUCCUACGAGGAGGUGCAGGCGUGCACCGUGGACACGGGCAUCGCCGCGGACAGCUCCAACCACCCCGACAACAAAUGCAAGAACAGAUACAUCAACAUCCUGGCCUACGACCACAGCAGAGUCAAACUCUCCAACAGUUUGGACCGAGAUGGGAAAUGCGGAGACUACAUCAACGCUAACUUUGUAGACGGUUAUGAGCGAACCGGGGCGUACAUCGCGGCUCAGGGGCCCCUCAGGCACGGCCGGGAGGACUUCUGGAGGAUGAUCUGGCAGCAGAACGUUGGAGUCAUUGUCAUGAUCACCAACCUCAAGGAGAAAGGACGGACUAAGUGUGACCAGUACUGGCCUCAGGAGAGCCAGGAGGACUACGGCCCGUACCACGUGACCCUGAGGAGCAGCAGGACCCUCGCCUACUACACACUGCGCACAUUCACCGUCAGGGACACCUCCAAUGAGGCGUGUCCGAGGAGAGUUGAACACACCGUCCACCAUUACCACUACACCCAGUGGCCGGACAUGGGCGUCCCAGAAUACACCCUGCCCGUGCUGUCCUUCAUCAGAGCCUCGUCCCGGGCCCGGACCGAGGAGAUGGGACCCGUUCUGGUGCACUGCAGUGCCGGUGUAGGAAGGACAGGAACCUACAUAGUGAUCGACAGCAUGCUGCAGCAGAUCCAGGAUCAGGGUACGGUGAACGUGCUCGGCUUCCUGAAGCAUGUGCGGACGCAGAGGAACUUCCUGGUUCAGACGGAGAAGCAGUACGUCUUCAUCCACGACACUCUGGUGGAGGCCAUAUUAAGCCGUGGCACCUCGGUGACCUCUGACCUCCUCCACACGUACGUGUCUGACCUCCUGACCCCUGGGGCGUCGGGCAGGACGCGCAUGGACAAACAGUUCAAGUUGAUCAGCCAGCGCCAGGCGAAGCACGCGGACUACAGCACCGCCCUGAGGGACGGCAACGCCGAGAGGAACCGGGCCAGAGCUCUGAUGCCGGUGGAACGAUCAAGAGUCUGUCUGACCACUUCAGAGGCGAACUCCACCGGGUUCAUCAACGCCUCCUACGUCAUGGGACACCAGCACAGUAAGGAGUUCAUCGUGAGCCAGACCCCUCUGAGCAGCACGGUGGCCGACUUCUGGAGGAUGAUCUGGGAGCACAGCACCAACACUGUGGUCCGUCUGCCCGACACACACUGUCAGAGUGGAGACAGGAAGUCGUGUGUUUACUGUCCCAUUAAAGACCAGCCAAUGAGCUUUGAGGGUUUCACUGUGUCCUAUUUGGGGGAGGAGCAUGUGUAUCUGUCCAAUGAGGAGAGACUGUUGGUGCAGGACUUCGUAGUGGAGUCUCCACAGACUGUGUUGGAGGUGCGUCAGUACAGCGCCCCCUGCUGGCCGAACCCAGACAGUCCCAUCAGGAACAGUUUUGAUCUGGUCAGCGCAGUGCGGGAGCACAGCAGACAUCCGGACACACCCACCAUCAUACAUGACCCGUUGGGAGGUGCUACUUCAGGCCUGUUCUGCGCCCUCACCGUCCUGUCCAGUCAGCUGGAGGAGGACGGAGCGGUGGACGUUUACCAGGUGGCCCGGAUGACCAACCUCAUGAGGCCUGGCGUCUUUAAUGAUAUAGAGCAGUACCAGUACCUGUACCGAGCGGUGCUGAGUCUGGUGAGCAGCCAGGAAGACCAGAGGGCCCUGCAGAGUCCAGAAACCAACGGGUCGGUACCGCUGGGCCAGACUAACAUUGCUGAGAGCCUGGAGUCGCUGAUGUAGACCCACGCGCUCACACACACACACACACACACAUUUAACAUACAAAACAUGUCACACACACACACAUUGCAUCAUACAAGCAACACCAACACACCGCCGUGGACCAAGGCAGGUCGUUAAAAGUGAUGACACACACACACACACACACACAGCUUCAGAAUCCAGCAGACGAGGAGCUCAUGUGGGAUGUUAACCCUCAGGUCAGAUGAAGUGACCCGACCAGGCCAAGACAUGACUCGUCCUUUAAAAGAGUAAAUGGUACCACUUUCUUAUUAGGCAAUUUAUAAAUGAUUUGUGUUUAGUUCACUUAUGAUAAUACUUUAACUAACGUUGUGUAGCUCUACAGAAGCCCUGACAAGUCAAUUGUGUUUGUCUAAAUUGUUUUAUUUCAGUGUGUAGACCAUACAAAGAGGUGAACACAUUUUUUUUGCUGGAAUAAUCUGCUUACGUUUCUUAAUAUUUUUUGCAUCCGUGAAAAAAUGUUUGGUUGAAAAAGUUUUGGCUCGUUAAUUAUUUUUAAUUUGAUGUUCUUCCUCAGAGUAUUACGCAACAAUAACUUGAAAAAUAGAAAAGAAUGUUGUUACCUGUUCUUAAGUGACAGUUUAUUUAGUUUCCACUCUCCUCUCAGGGCUUCAGUAUCGUCUUUUAAUGAGCAAUGUUUGUGUUGCCAGGUAGAGAAAAGCCUCUUUUUGAUUGGUCCUGGACCACACGGACCAACAUCCAUUUCGAGCAAUUGUAUAUUCUUGAUGGCUCAUUAGAAAGUGAACAUUUAUUAAUGAGUUUUCAAGAUGUAUAGAAAGGAUCAAAAACAAGUCCAUUUAGUUGUAACCAUUAAGAAAGCCAUGAGUUAUAAUUCAGCAGUACUUUUAUAUAAGGGAGGUUCAUUAUUAGGAAGUGGGACCAAUAUUUCAUUGGAAAAAUAUUUUUUUAUUAAUGAUAAAAGGAGUCUCCUUUUCAAUUCUACGAGCUUAAAUUCAAAACGUAUCAUCUUUCUUGAACAUUCUUUGUUUUUUCUCAUUGCUCUUGUCUUCUAAAAGACAAAAAAAUGUAGAUGAAAAGAAAUUAAAAAUGGCAAACGGGCAAAACUAAAAUAGAAAUAAAUACAAAUAAAAGUAGAAGGUGAAAAAAAUAAAUGAAAUGUCAAAAAGGGAAAUGAUGAAGGAGAUGACAUUUAGUUUUCCUUCAUAUUUUAUGCACCGCACAUUAAUCUGCAGAUUUUGGAUCUCAAAACUACCACGUGUCGUUUAUUGAGAGUAAUAUUUUGAUGACGGCUUCACAAGUGACACUUAACUGUUGUCUGUUCACCCCCCCUCUCCCUCUGUAAGUCAUGUUAUUGUACUUUAAACCUGUUUUGAUACAACCGUGUGACUAAUAUGCCAAAAUAAUGACCUGUGAUGUAUUAUUAUUUGUUUUCUAUUUGUUACUUUCAUACGUCAGAGGAGAUAAACAAAUAUUGGAUUUUUUUGUAUAAGAUGCAAUCUGGGAUUUAAAUGGUCGUCCACACAAUGUCUCAAAGCUGCAGAUUGAAUGUGUGUCUAUUUGUGGACUAUGACGGCGUAUGAGGGCCAUUGUAGGUUCAAGAAUAAAUAAUAAUAAUAAUAAUGACGCAUGGGGGAGGGGGGGGUAAUAAUUUCAGAUAUCAAUAUUCUCUGAGAUUGAGCAAGUACAUUGACGAGGAUAACAAAUAAACAAGAAGAAAAAAAUACAUUUUAAAUAUUUGUAAUAUUUUUGCCCUCCAAUGGUCUAAGUACGCUCCCGUAGUUUACGAUGAAUUCCAAUGGUUGGGUUUUUCCGUUGCGGAAACAUGAGCGCCCCUCAUCACCAUGGCAACGGAAUACUCCAGCGCGACAAUCGGCAUCAUUAGCGAGUCAGAGACGUCAAACAUUCAGACCAAUCGGUGGACAGACAAACCGCUGACCACGCCCAUAUUCUCCAUAAAAAACCUCGGGACUCGGGAUGAAAUUCCGAAGCCGCCACUUCCUGUGCGUCCCGGCGCCACGAGCUACGACUGUUUCCCUCCCGAGUUCGACUGCCCCAUCGAGAUCCUCACCGGAUCUUUCCGUGUAAAUAACCCUAAAUACAUCAAAAGGCCAAAUUACUGUUUGCUUAUACCUCUAUAUAUUUUCUAUUUUACUAUAAAAAGGUGAUUUUCUAGUCAUUUACACAUAUACAGAAUAAAUAACUGGAUUCUAUUUGAUAAUUGUAGCCUGGAAAUAUUGACCAUGUUUAGUUUUAAUGCCGUGCUUUCUCUUUGUAUCUUUAUGAUCACAGUAGCAGCUUAAUGUCUAUACCUUCCAUCUCCAGCCACAAACUGGUGCAGUAUGUAAAUAGCAACAACAACAACAACAAUCUUGUGUUUGAUUUUCAAUCUGUUUCUUUUUCCGAGAGGGGAAAAAAUGAAUAAAAAGUUCUUGUUUAGACCCAAA